GAGACGUAAGUCACGCUGGCACAGGCCCUGCUCCUGUUACAUGCUCGGAGACAGUAGCGCAUUUUGAGGGAAAAAGAGGUAUUAAAAGCGCAGAUUGGAGCCGAUACAGUGGGAAUGGACUGAGCAUACAGUCCAGGUCCACGCUUGUUUUUUUCUACUCCGGGUCUUCCGCACGUCCCACUGUACUCGGCUCCUGAUUUGCUGUGUGCCACGGUCACGUGAUGGUGCGGGUCUUGUGGGCGGGUCUUCGGCUGCUCCCCAGUGACGUCACCUGUCUGCUAAAACCACGCUCUUCUCGGGUUUGCGCAAAAGGAGGGCUAUUUUGGAGCAGAGAGACCGCAAAACACAACUUUACAGCAUCUAGGACAAUUUAUAGUGGAGUGAGAAGGUCCUCUGUCAAAAUGCCUGAAAUCACGACAGAUCACUUAGAUGAGAAACAGGUGCAGCUUCUUGCUGAAAUGUGCAUCUUAAUCGACGAAAAUGACAAAAAGAUUGGAGCUGACACAAAGAAGAACUGUCACCUCAACUCCAACAUCGACAAAGGUUUAUUGCAUAGGGCUUUCAGCGUCUUUAUUUUCAACAGUGAAGAAAAGCUGCUGCUACAACAGAGGUCUGAUGCCAAAAUCACUUUUCCAGGCUGCUUCACAAACACAUGCUGCAGUCACCCUCUGCACACAGCGUCUGAACUGGAAGAGGCAGAUGCGAUCGGUGUGAGGAGAGCCGCUCAGAGGAGACUGGAGGCAGAGCUGGGCAUCCCCAUGGCACAGGUCCCUCCAGAAGAGAUGACAUUCCUCACCAGAAUCCACUACAAAGCUCAGUCUGACGGAGUUUGGGGUGAACAUGAGAUCGACUACAUCCUCUUCAUGCAAAAGGACGUGGAGUUGAACCCAGACCCAAAUGAGAUCCAGAGCCAUUGUUAUGUGAGCAAAGAGGAGCUGAAGGAGCUGCUGCAAAAGGCCAAACAAAACCAAGUCAAGAUCACUCCCUGGUUCAGUCUCAUCGCAGACACAUUUCUGUUCAAAUGGUGGGACAAUCUGCACGACCUCAAGCAGUUUAUGGACCAUGACAAUAUCCACCGCAUGUAACCAGAUAAUACAGAUAAUGCAGUACAGAUAAUACAGCCACACUUUGCCUAUUUCAGCUACUACUGAGUGUAGGGGCCUAUUACUCUAUGGUACAUUCACUGUAUUUGUAUGAAAUCUCCAAACAGUAAUACAAUUGUUUUAUAUGGAGCUCCACAGUACCUCCCGCUACGAAGGCCUUUUGAAGAAAAUUCAAAUAUUAAAAGUUCAAAGCCAUCACAGAGGCUAACAAGCUAUGUGGUAACAAAUAUCCAUUACACUGUAAGUCCAAAAUGCUAAAUUCUGUUAAAUGUUUUAAUAACUAAGCGGUUUAUAAAGUUUCGGAAAGAGAUUUUAAAUAAAACUAUAGUUGUCACAUAGCUGAUUAGUCUAGAGCAAGUUUUCAGACUUUUAAUUUUACUUUUUUUUUUUUCAGACAGUCUAUGGGAAAAAUGAAUGGGAAAUUUACUCCCAGCACCAGGGGUGGGUGGUCACUGUUGAGCUCCAUGUAUUUUUCUUUUGUAUUGGGUCUAUGAUGGCAAAACUCCACUCUGAAAGUUGUGAAAAGCACUCAUCACAGUGAUGAAUUAGAAUUUUUAUAUUUUAAAAAUGUGGUGCAGCGCCUUUAAUCUGGUAGUGGCCAGUCAUCCUUAAAGAGGGGGUAAUAUGCUUUUUGUUUAGUCGUUGCUUUUUUCAAUGUUAUAACGUUGUUCCCUCAUCAAAAACAUGCCUGAAGAGGUUUUAGAGGUUCCAUGCAUGUUUGAAUAAUAUUUCAAUCUCUUCUGGGCCCUAUUCAAACCCUCCUUAGCGGUUAGCAAGUAAUGUGUUAGCAGUUAAUGCCUUAUAGAAGUAAAAUACAUCAUGGUGGAUCGUCUGGUUUAGUUGAAAUUUCUCAAAGUCAGAACAUUAAUCUUAAUUUGAGCCUUUUGACAGGUUUUUACUUUAGGCUUAGUUGCUAAUUAGACCAAGAUAAUGUGACUAUUACAAAAGUAUUGAUUCAGAAUUACAGAAAUUGUAUUUUAUUGGUCUUUUUGGACAGCAAUAAUAAAGUGAUAAUAUUUCAAACAGGCUCUGAAAAAAGCAUCAGUGUUAAGGACUUGCAUGUGCAGCUACAAUAAGAUUUAACCUGUGAUCACCUGAAUGAGCAGAGAAUCUUCUUUAAAAGUAAUGGACAACAGGGCACAGCUACUGUAUAGUAUUUUUGCAUUAUGUGGUCACAGUUGGCUAUGUGCAGUUACAAUAGGAAAGGCAACUAUGUGUGUCAACUAUGUCUCUUAUUGGAAAGAACUGCAUACCUCUGCUAGGUUUUUAAUAAUAAAAUAUAUAUUUACACUAU